AUGAGUCAACAACGAAGGCGACGUAUGGCUGAAAAUUAUUUAGUCAUAUGGAUUGAUGCAAAUAUCAAUGCGGAAAAUGAAGAUUGUCAGUAUACACUCUCACAAUUGCGCGGUAUUGUCAAUGAAGUGAAGACUUGCAUCACAGCAGAAGAAUGCAUUGGGUUACUGAAUGAAAAUAAGGAGGAAACAUCUUUCGUUAUCUCGUCUGGACAACUUGGACAAGUUCUUGUACCAAAUAUUCACGGAAUGCGAAAUCUUGAUGCUAUAUAUAUCUUUUCUCGCAAAGAGGAAUUUCAUACAGAAUGGGCUAAACAUUGGACAAAAAUUAAAGGUGUCCACGACUCAAUCGAGUCCAUAUCCCAAGCAUUGCAAGUGGCUGUCAAGCAAUGCAAUCAAAAUAAUACAGUGGUCAGUAUAAUUAGUGCCGAUGUAGCUGGUUCUACCGAAAAUCUCAAUCAGCUAGAGCCAUCUUUCAUGUAUACUCAAAUAUUCAAGGAAAUACUGCUUGAUAUGAAACACGGUCAACAAGAUAUCAAAGAUUUGGUCACCUUCUGGCAGCACCAAUAUGAAGGUAAUGAAGCAGCACUCAAAAUUAUUGAUGAAUUUCAGCGUACUUAUAAUCCAACAUUCGCCAUAUGGUGGUAUACCAGUCAAUGUUUUACAUUCAACAUGCUUAAUCGAGCAUUACGUACGCUCGAUGGUGAUAUCAUUAUCCGAAUGGGAUUUUACUUAUGUGAUGUCCACCGACAAAUUGAAGAUUUACACAGCAAGCAAAUGAAUCAAUAUCAUGGUAAAACCUUCCUUGUUUAUCGAGGACAGGGACUACAGAAGGCAGACUUUGACAAGAUCACCAAAAAUGAAGGUGGACUUAUCUCAUUUAAUAACUUUUUAUCAACCAGUAAAGAUCGAGAUGUGUCUCUCGCUUUCGCCAAUAGUGCCUUAGGAGCACCAGAUAUGGUCGGUAUUCUUUUUCAAAUGACCAUCGAUCCUAAAGAAUCAUCGACUACAUUCGCUUCAAUCCAGGAAGUGAGUUAUUAUCAGGAAGAAGAGGAAAUACUCUUCUCGAUGCACACAGUUUUUCGAAUUGGUGAAGUUCGAAAAAUCGACAUGCACAAUCCACUUUAUGAAGUGGAUCUGAAACUUACAGCUGAUGACGAUCAACAACUACAUCAAUUAACUGAUCGUAUACGACAAGAAACAUCUGGUAGCACUGGAUGGUAUCGACUCGGUAACUUGCUACUCAAAAUACGUCAAUUCGACAAGGCCGAAGAAUUGUAUAUGGCAUUACUAGAACAGGCCACCGAGGACAGCAAGAAAGCAUAUAUCUAUCACGAGUUAGGUAGAGUGAAAUUACAACAAGGUCAAUAUGAAAAAGCUAUUCCGUUUUACGAAAAAUCCCUCGAAAUCCUCCGGAAAAAUCUACCAGAAGAUCACUCUUCAUUGGGUAAUCCCUACAACAACAUUGGUCUAGUGUAUCACAACAUGGGUAAUUACUCGAAAGCACUUGAAUUUUACCAAAAAGCAUCUAAAAUAAACGAAACAGCACUAUCUCCGGAUGAUCCCGAUUUGGCUACUUUAUACAACAACAUCGCUGGAGUGUAUCACAGCAUGGGUGACUACUCGAAAGCACUUGAAUUUAACGAAAAAGCACUUAAAAUAGAAGAAAACGCUCUGCCUUCGAAUCAUCCCUCAUUGGCUACUUCAUAUAGUAACAUCGGUGGUGUGUACAGAGACAUAGGUGACUACUCGAAAGCACUUGAAUUUUACGAAAAAGCACUUAAAAUAAGAGAAAAAUCUCUGCCUCCGAAUCAUCCCUAUUUGGCUACUUCAUGCAAUAAAAUUGGUGUAGUGUAUCACAACAUGGGUGACUACUCGAAAGCACUUGAAUUUUACGAAAAAGCACUUACAAUAGAAGAAAAAGCUCUGCCUCCGAAUCAUCCCUCAUUGGCUCAAUCCUACAACAACAUCGGGGAAGUGUAUCGCAACAUGGGUGACUACUCAAAAGCACUUGAAUUUUACGAAAAAUCACGUCAAAUCUUCGAAAAAGCUCUGCCUCCGAAUCAUCCAGAUUUGGCCAGUUCCUACAACAAUAUCGGAGAAGUGUGCCGGACCAUGGGUGACUACUCGAAAGCACUUGAGUUUUGCGAAAAAGCACAUCAAAUCUUCGAAAAAGCUCUGCCUUCGAAUCAUCCCUCAUUGGCUCAAUCCUACAACAACAUCGCUGUAGUGUAUAACAACAUGGGUGACUACACGAAAGCACUUGGAUUUUACGAAAAAGCACAUCAAAUCUUCGAAAAAGCUCUGCCUCCGAAUCAUCCCGAUUUCGCUCGUUCAUACCACAACAUUGGUGGAGUGUAUUACGCGAUGGGUAAUUACUCGAAAGCACUUGACUUUUACGAAAAAUCACAUCAAAUUUUGGAAAAAGCUCUGCCUCUGAAUCAUCCCGAUUUGGCUACUUCGUACAACAACAUUGGUUUACUGUAUAACAACAUGGGUGAUUACUCGAAAGCACUUGAAUUUCAGGAAAAAGCACUUAAAAUAAGAGAAAAAUCUCUGCCUCCGAAUCAUCCAGAUUUGGCUACUUCCUACAACCACAUCGGAGAAGUGUAUCGGAACAUGGGUGACUACUCGAAAGCACUUGACUUUUACGAAAAAACACAUCAAAUCUUCGAAAAAGCUCUACCUCCGAAUCAUCCCGAUUUGGCUACUUCGUACAACAGCAUUGGUCUAGUGUAUAACAACAUGGGUAAUUACUCGAAAGCAAUUGAAUUUUACGAAAAAUCACUUAAAAUAACAGAAAAAGCUCUCCCUCCGAAUCAUCCCAAUUUGGCUAACUCCUACAACAACAUUGGUGUAGUGUAUCACAACAUGGGUGACUACUCAAAAGCACUUGAAUUUUUCGAAAAAGCACUUAAAAUAAGAGAAAAAGCUUUGCCUCCGAAUCAUCCCUAUUUGGCUCUUUUCUACAACAACAUCGCUGGAGUGUAUAACAACAUGGAUGACUACCCGAAAGCACUUGAACUUUACGAAAAAGCACUUAAAAUGAUGGAAAAAUCUCUACCUGCGAAUCAUCCCGAUUUGGGUUAUUCCUACAACAAUAUUGGUAUGGUGUAUUUCGGCAAAGGAGACUACUCAAAAGCACUCUCAUUCCUAGAAAAGGCACUUGCUAUCCGACAAAAAUCACUUCCGUCAACACAUCCUCUAAUUCAAGAGACGAAAGAUAACAUUGACUAUGUGAAAAAGAAAAUGUAA